GGGAAGGGGGCUUUGCCCGUUUUCUGAAAGGCAACAAAACUUUUUUAAAUUGAGCUAGCUACGACAUCUAUCUCCCCCACACGAAGACAGCCAUCACAAUGACUUCGACGAACAUGUUUUCAGGACUCGAUAAUGGCGCAAAGCCAAGUUCAAGAGUCUUGCGUCCCCCCGGAGGUGGCUCCAGCGACCUGUUCGGUGGCUACGAGGAAGAAGCAGCUGCGUCGAGACGGCCCCACAAGAUGGCCUCCAACCUUUUUGCCCCGCCAGAGCCCCAGGGUGUCAUCAGACGAACCAACCCCCCAGGAGGUAAAAGCAGUGGGAUAUUUGGUUCUCCAGAUGCCCCAGCCGAGCAACGGAGACCCGUACCCUCAGGCGGCAACACCAGCAACAUAUUCGGGGGGUUAGAGAGCGCCCCUCCCUCGGUCAAAGCCCAUUCCAACAAGCCAAAGGACAAUAUUUCUGUUGGUGAAAGUCCCAUGCCCAUACCCGAGCCCCCAGCUCCUCUGCCAAAGGCGAGCCUGGCCAAGGAGGUGAAGGAAGAGAACGUUGCCUCCCCUCCCCCCACACCCACCAAAGUAGCAGUGGAACCUGCACCUGCUCCCUUGGCCAAGAAGCCAGAGCCAGAGGCCUCCCUUAGUGAGCUCUCACUGAAGGACCACGAGCCCCACCUCGGCCCUCGCCCCCGCUCCCACAACAAGGUCCUUAACCCCCCAGGAGGGAAGUCCAGCGUGGUCUUUUACUGAACCAGCUCCUCCAUCCCAUCUAUUCAUGUAUGCAUCCCAAAAGGCACUCUAUUCCCUAUAUAAGUAACCCUUGUCCGAGCCAGAACGGAUCUCUUGUUUCUGUUGCGUGAGGCUGCUUGAUGUACAAGUACACCCCCUGGACAGGACGCUAGUUUAUGGGCCCUGGUCAAAAUUUGUGGACUGUAUAGGAACAGGGUGCCAUUUGGGGCACAACCUAUUCCCACUAUUAUUCUCUGUUCUCUUAAUUUCCCUAUUCACUCGGUCCUUCCCUCCCUGUUCAUUUUAUUUUCCGUGGCUAUCAAGCUGGAAGAAUAUUCUCAACAAUAAUUUUUACAGGCUAAAUUCCUGUCCAAUCAUUCAAAAUGGUUACAUUUCUGUUUCAUUGCAAGGGUUCUAUUUCUUGCUGUAAAAGUUUUUUUAUUACAUGGUUUUGAAUGUUGUGUUGAUUACAAAGGCAGGGUGAGUUCAUUUAGUCACUUAUACCAAAAACAUUUAUAAUGAACACGGUUGUCAUAGUAAUCCCUUAAGUGAUCACAAUCACUCUUUACUGUCACUUUGACAAUAACACAUAUCCCUAUAUUAUGUUAAUUCUGUCCUCCAUUUCAUCCCACUCCUUUUCUCUCCUCUAAUAAUCAAACUUAUCUUGAGUCUGUCUGGAGCCAGAAACAAACUCUUGUUCAGGGAGAAAAAAGCAAAAAAUCGACUAACUAGUGAGUGCAAAGCAAAGAGCCACAGGCAGUACCCAUUAUGUAUUGCCCACCCCCAAAGUUCUUGUUCGGAAUAAAUUCCAUUAUGAUUUUAUAUAUCACCCAUGCAAAUGGCCGAAUGUAUUGUAUGUUGUGGUUGUUUCCUGCUCUGUUACAAUUGCUUGCUGUUAUCAGAGGAUGGUGUCCACUCGGAGGCCUCUAUGUUUUAAAUUAAAACGGCUGCUGUGCACAAGUGAACUCUGGAAUAGUACAUGACCUGGCAAAAUACGGGUGGGGACUUGGAGACGUUAAGUCACCCCUAGCCAACCACACACCACGUUCCAGGCUGUCUACGUAGCAGUUGCACACCAAAUCUUACCACGCCUGGAUAAGCCUUUUAAUGUCAGUAACCAGUAUGACUAGUUUCUCGUCAACUUAUACACCUCUUAAUUAACACUUUGGUUCAGCAUAUAUUUGGAGGGUGUUAGCUUUUGGCCUAGCCCGGAUAACAGAUUCAACCGAUUUUCAUGUGACUAAUUCAAAAUCUACAUAAAAACAAUAUUUGCAUGUUCCCAUGAUGUUUCUAUCAAAUUGACUUGUUGUGGAUUAAUAAAGACUGUGCAUGAUGUUGUACUGCACAUAAAUAUUUAUUUUGCUAUUAAAUUCCCAUUGUACUGAAUAAAAAAUAAGUUAAAUGGGACCUACUUUACUUUCAUAAAAAGGUUGGAUGGAAACCUGGUUAGUAACGGCAUCAACCGACUAGAUGGCGCGGUAUUAAAUUGAUUUGUUGUGUGGCCGGUUUGCAGGCAGUCUGGAACGCAAAAGGUCUCCUGGUGCCAUCUUAACCCCUGAGUGUUGGAGUGUUGGCAGGCAAAGUUCACAGCAGAGGAAAAAGAACCUGUGUAUUGCAAUAAAACUUAUUUUCUGA